AUGGCCAAUGUAGUAUCUGUGUUCCCUAAUGAAAAGAAAACUCUUCAUACAACAAGGUCAUGGGAUUUCAUGGGAUUUUCCAAACAAGUUAGAAGAACAACUCUGGAAAGUGACAUUAUCAUUGGUGUUCUCGACACUGGAAUUUGGCCAGAAUCUGAAUCCUUCAAUGAUGAAGGAUUUGGUCCUCCACCAAGCAAAUGGAAAGGCAGCUGCCAAGCCUCAUCCAAUUUCAGCUGCAACAAUAAAAUAAUUGGAGCCAAAUAUUAUCGUAGCAAUGGGAAAUUUGGCUCUACUGAUAUUCAAUCUCCUAGAGACUCAGAAGGCCAUGGAACACAUACAGCAUCCACAGCAGCAGGGGGCUUAGUGGGUAUGGCAAGCCUACAUGGCCUUGGCGUAGGAACUGCUCGUGGAGGAGUUCCAUCGGCUCGAAUUGCUGUGUACAAAAUAUGUUGGUCUGAUGGUUGUUCUGAUGCUGACAUUCUUGCAGCAUUUGAUGAUGCAAUUGCAGAUGGUGUUGACAUAAUUUCUCUUUCAGUUGGAGGGAAAAUAGCUAAUGAUUACUUCAAUGAUUCCAUUGCGAUUGGGACUUUUCAUGCUAUGAAAAAUGGGAUAUUAACAUCAACCUCUGCAGGUAACGAAGGUCCUUUGCCUGCAUCCAUAAAAAAUUUUUCUCCAUGGUCCCUUUCAGUAGCUGCUAGCACCAUUGAUCGUAAGUUUGAAACCAAGGUUCAACUGGGAAACAAAAAGAUUUAUGAGGGUGUUUCCAUAAAUACAUUUGACCUAAAGAAUGCCAUGUAUCCUUUGAUUUAUGGUGGAGACGCACCAAACAUCACUGGAAAUUUUACAGGUUCUCAAUCCAGGUUUUGCUCAAUAAAUUCAUUGGAUGCGAAUCUAGUGAAGGGUAAAAUUGUUCUUUGCGAUUUGAGUACUGGGGAAGGGCCAUUGCUGGCUGGUGCAAUUGGUACUGUGAUGCAAGGUCAGGGCCCCAGAGAUCGUGCUUUUAGUUUUCCCCUUCCUACAGCUUUCCUUGGCCCAGAUGAGGGUGCCGAUAUACUCUCCUUUAUAAACUCAACAAGCAAUGCAACUGCUAUCAUACGUAAGAGCAAUGUGGUAAACAAUUCAUUAGCCCCUUUUGUGCCCUCCUUUUCGUCAAGGGGACCUAAUCCUAUUACACCUGACAUUCUAAAGCCAGAUAUAGCUGCCCCAGGAGUUGACAUUAUAGCCGCGUGGUCUCUAGCUUCUUCUGUAACUGGGCUUCAGGGUGAUAAUAGAUUCGUACCCUACAAUAUAAUUUCAGGAACAUCAAUGGCUUGCCCUCAUGCAACUGGGGCAGCUGCUUAUGUCAAAUCCCAUCAUCCCAAAUGGUCUCCUUCUGCUAUCAAGUCUGCUCUUAUGACUACUGGUAACUAGAUAUUUUCAGUUUUCACUAAUUGAUGAAAGGUUAAGGACUGUUUUUUAUUUUCUUCCAUUUCUGCAUUCUUUACAGCUUCUCCAAUGAGUUCUGCAACUAAUCCUGAAGCUGAAUUCGCAUACGGAGUGGGCCAUAUAAAUCCUGCUAAGGCUAUAAAUCCAGGUUUAAUAUAUGAUGCCGAGCCUCUUGACUACGUGAAGUUUCUGUGUGGACAAGGAUAUGAUUCAAUACUCCUAAAGCUUGUAACUGGUGAUAAAAGUACCUGUUCUAAGGCAAUUAAUGCAACAGUCUGGGAUCUGAACUAUCCUUCUUUUGCACUUUCAGCCACAAGAUUGGAAUUUGUUAAGCAAGUUUUUAACAGGAUUGUCACAAAUGUUGGAUCACCAACAUCCAAAUACAAGGCUACAGUGACUGCCCCUCCAGGACUCAAAAUCCAAGUAAAACCCAGCAUCUUAUCAUUUACUUCUCUGGGUGAGAAGAAAGCAUUUGCACUUACAGUUGAAGGAAGAGCAAGUAGGUCUAUGGUCUCUGCAUCUUUGGUGUGGGAUGAUGGAAAAUGUCAAGUGAGAAGCCCAGUUGUCAUGCAUUUUAUACCUUAGAGAAAAAGCUGAAACAAUAGUAUGGAUAAAACAUAAUUUAUAAGAUGGAUAUUGCUAAUUUAUACAAUUAUGAUGAUUUUUAUUUAUAUAAUUUAACUUAUCAAAAGCCAAAAGUAUUAAAUUUGUUUAUGCGUUUAAAUUGAUUAUAAACUGUAGUAUUGAUGUGUUGUGAAAUUCAAUUAAAAACAAAU